AUGUCCACAGACAGCAUCGGGCUGGCUAAAGCCGCGCUGCGCAGGGAUGUCCUCCAGCGCCUGAAGGGCAUGUCAAUGCAAGACAUGCAGUCUGAGAGUGAGUCGGGGUCUGUGGCGGUCUAUGUUGACUGUGAACGGCUGAGGGAGGUGCAGACCGAGAGCAUCGUCACUGCAGCGCUGAAGAGUUGCGCCAGGGUGUACGUACCACGCGUGCUGGACCGAGACAGCAACAUGCAUUUUCUGAGGCUGCAAGGCUUGGAGGAGCUGGUGCAGGUUCCACCCUUUGGCAUCCGCGAGCCCCCUCUGACAGAUGCGGCUGGCGCCCCACGGUCCGACGCUCUUCAGAGCCCUGACCCCCUGCAGCUUAUUAUCAUGCCGGGCCUGGCCUUUGACGAGUCCGGCCGCCGGCUGGGCAGAGGUGGGGGGUACUAUGACAAGUUCAUCACCUCCAUCCGCCAGAGAUCUCUGGAAAGGAGCUGGAAGACUCCUCUCCUUGUGGCACUGGCCUUCAAUGCACAAAUGGUGGACAGCAUCCCCGUCGGUCACCAUGACGUCCCAGUGGACGUCAUUGUCACACCCCGUGGCCCCAUCCUGUGCACUCGCCGUGGAGAAGAGGAAUGGCCCUAA